CCGUCCCCCGCAGCCUGUGCUGCAGCAGCCAGCCGCCGGAGGGGGCGAAGCCACGUCAACCUGUUGUUUGUCCCGUCCGCAUUGAUCCGCUCCGCGCCACAAGGAAGUGCGGCUCCCAGACGCGCUGGGAAAGUUCAGCAUGCAGGAAGUUUAGCACCGCGGCCCGGGCCAGCGCAGCGCCUCGCGAGCGCAGGCGGGGAAGAGCGGGCGGCGGUCCACGGCCAGCGCCGCGGGGGGGAUUCUUUUCUUGGAGCGACGCUGUCCCUGGGUGAUUGAUCCCAAAUGCACCGGCUCGUCUUCGUCUACGUUAUCUUGUGCGCAAACUUUUGCAGCUACCGGGACACUUCUGCAACUCCGCAGAGCGCAUCCAUCAAAGCUUUGCGCAACGCCAACCUCAGGCGAGAUGACAGCAAUCACCUCACAGACUUGUACCGAAGAGAUGAGACCAUCCAGGUGACAGGCAGCGGCUAUGUGCAGAGUCCUCGCUUCCCAAGCAGCUACCCCAGGAACCUGCUCCUGACGUGGCGGCUCCGCUCCCAGGAGAAAACACGGAUACAGCUUGCGUUUGACCAUCAGUUUGGAUUAGAAGAAGCAGAAAAUGAUAUCUGUAGGUAUGAUUUUGUGGAAGUUGAAGAUAUAUCUGAAACUAGUACUGUGAUUAGAGGUCGAUGGUGUGGUCACAAGGAAGUUCCUCCAAGGAUAACAUCCAGAACAAACCAAAUCAAAAUAACAUUCAAGUCCGAUGACUACUUUGUGGCAAGACCUGGAUUCAAGAUUUAUUAUUCAUUUGUGGAAGAUUUCCAACCCAUGGCAGCCUCUGAGACCAACUGGGAAUCAGUCACAAGCUCUAUCUUUGGGGUGUCCUAUCACUCUCCAUCAGUAACGGACCCCACUUUCACUGCGGAUGCUCUGGACAAAACAAUUGCACAAUUUGAUACGGUAGAAGAUCUGCUCAAGCACUUCAACCCAGAGUCAUGGCAAGAAGACCUUGAGAACUUGUAUCUUGAUACCCCUCAUCACAGAGGCAGAUCAUAUCAUGACCGGAAGUCCAAAGUGGACCUGGACAGGCUCAAUGAUGACGUCAAGCGUUACAGCUGCACGCCCAGGAAUUACUCGGUCAACCUGAGAGAGGAGCUGAAGCUGACCAACGUGGUCUUCUUCCCACGCUGCCUCCUUGUGCAACGCUGUGGAGGAAACUGUGGCUGUGGAACUGCCAGCUGGAAGUCGUGCACGUGCAAUUCAGGAAAAACCGUGAAAAAGUAUCAUGAGGUACUGAAGUUUGGGCCUGGUCAUUUCAAGAAAAGAGGCAGAGCUAAGAGCAUGGCUCUCGUUGACAUCCAGCUGGAUCAUCAUGAACGAUGUGAUUGUAUCUGCAGCUCAAGACCACCUCGAUAAAAGACUAUGCACGUACUUACAUUAAUCAUGGGAGAACUUUAGUUAAGGAGGAUGUGGUAAGGGACCCUUUGCCCAUGGCAGCCAAACUUCCAGCUUGCAAUGCAAUGAAUACAAGUGGUUGCUGAGGCAACCUGGCUUUGUUAACACUAUGGCAAAUAAAAAAGUGUAUCAUCAACUUCUAUAGCCAAAGAUAUAGGAUUACAUUUAAUAAUAGUAUUAUAGUAU